UACACAACUCGGCGUACGUUAGCGAGUGUCCCCUUUGUCUCUGGGUCCUUCCGUCUACACUUCUUUAUCCCCGAAAGCCUACACCCACAACCCUUCCUUCCCUUGGUCGCCGUCUUAUUUUGCCUUCUAGAUCUGAGAGAUUGCUUCGCUUUUUCUUCGUGUUUGGGUGCGCUUCGAGCUCUGCGUCGGGUUUCGCCACGGAUUUCGCUCAGUUUCCACUCAAUUUCAUCGCUUCUGGAAAAUUUUCGAGGGUCCAGUAGCUGUAAAUAACAUCUGGGAAAUUGAUUGAAGUGGAGAUAAUAAGCCGCAAUGCGGGGAUAUGACAGAGAUGAGGUUGAGGAUUAUGAUGAAUAUGAGGAGGAAGGAUAUGAAGGAUAUGAUCAGGAGGAAGCAGGCGAGGAGGAUGAAUAUGAGGAGGAAGAGGAAGAACAGCGAAAGCCAAGUGCAGAGGAACUCGAGUAUCUUGCAUUAAGGGCACGGAUUAAAGAACAAAUUAGGAAGAAGAUGCAGAGGGAAAAUGGUCCUGCUGCUUCCAGAUCCCAGGAGACAAAGAAGAAACUUCCUUUGGAUAAUUAUGGCUCAUUUUUUGGCCCUUCUCAGCCAGUUAUUGCUCAAAGAGUAAUUCAAGAAAGCAAGUCAUUACUAGAAAACCCGCAUUUGGCAUUCAGAAGUUCGAAUUCCCAUCAAGACAAAAAGACAUCUUCAACUGGCUCAGUUCCAAAGAAUGGAGUUCAUCGGCCCAUAUCCAAAGCUAGAAAUGAGAUAAAGACAAAAGUCCAAAAACUUAAGGAUACGAGAGAUUACUCCUUCCUGUUAUCUGAUGAAGCAGAACUCCCAGCCCCUUCCAAACAGCCUGUACCUCAAAAUGUCACUGCUCCAAAAUCUGAGGCUCGAUCUGUGCAUGUGCCGCACAAGAGCAAGCAGCCAUCAGGUAAUAAUGUCAGAGAUAUUCGUGGUGGUCGUGAGGAAAGAAAAUCAAUUCCUGUAAAUGGACAAAUGCAUUCUAAAUCAGGGCCCUACAAGCCAACUUCUGCCAGCAAACCUACUUCUACAUCUAUGGAUUCGAGAAGGCACCUUGGUAGCAACAAUGCAACUGGACCUGGCCGACCUACCGGGGCAAAAGGCUUGCCUCCGAAGGUGCCUCUUACCAAUGUGGAGAAGAAGGUCUUGGCUCCAGGUGCAAAAACUACCCUUCCUGCUGGACGUAAACCUCCCCCUCUGAAGAUGCAGUCGUCCAUCCCAAAGCAACAAAUCGAACAGAAAAGGGCUAUUCAAGAACCAAAGAAGAAUAUGAUGAUGCGAAAUCAGCCAGUAGCCUCUUCAAAACCUCAGUUAAAUAAGCCAACCAGCCAAAUUUCAUCCCAUGGGUCAUUGCAAGGUAAUCGCCCCAAGAAAAAGCCUGCCAGACGCUCUGAAGACGAUGAGGACGAGAUGGCCCUUGCCAUGAUCAGGAACAUGUUCAGGACGGAUCGGUAUGCUAAUAACUAUGAUGACGAUGACGAUGAUGAUAGUAACAUGGAGGCAAACUUUGAUGAUAUAAUGGAAGAAGAGAGAAGAAGUGCAAAAAUUGCAAAGAAGGAGGAUGAGGAGCAGCUCCGUCUUAUUGAGGAAGAGGAGCGGCGAGAGCGGGCGAGAAGGUUGGCAAAGAAGCGUAAGCUAGGGGCCCACUAGUGAACAUACUUUUUUUUUUUUUUUUUUUUUUAGCCUUUUCUUUUCUUGGGGGGUCGCAUAAAGUCCCAUGCAAUCCUGCAUCACUCUCCAUGAUGUAGUUUGUGUUCUUACUGUGCCUUGUGCUCUUCAAAGUAUGGGACUUUAAAUUAUAUUCUUCAAUUGUAGGAAUGUAUUGCCAGUUUUAGAUGCAAUUUCUUUAUAGAUAUCUGACAAGAUGAAGAGGGAUUUUUUGGCAUUUGCAUUUCUUAGAGUUGUUAGGAAUAAUGUUGCAGUGUAUUGAUUCAUGGGCAAUUCAUUUAUUAUAUAGUACUGACCAAAGAAA